AUGAGAUCUACACGCACCAUCACAGUCGUCGGAUGUCACGCCGAGGGAGAGGUGGGCGACGUCAUAACCGGCGGAGUCUUGGAUGUGCCUGCGCCCACCAUGUGGCACAAGCUCCAACACUUCUCAAAGCACCAAGACGACCUAAGGCAAAUGCUUCUCAAUGAGCCUCGAGGAAGGUCGCCCAAGAAUACGAACCUGAUACUUCCGCCCUGCAAUCCCGAUGCGGCGGCGGGAUUCCUCAUCAUGGAGAGUGAUGAGUACGCGCCAAUGUCCGGUUCCAACACCAUUUGCACCGCGACCGUUUUGUUGGAAACAGGGAUGAUCCCUACGAAGGAGCCUCUGACCACAUUCUCCCUUGACACCGCCGCAGGGCUGGUCGGUGUGACCGCGGAGUGCCGAGGCGGUAAAUGCAAGUCUGUGGCGUUUGAUAAUGUUCCCGCAUUCGUCGACAGACUUGAUUUGCGCGUUGAAGUCCCGGGGAUCGGAGCCGUGUCUGCCGACAUUGUCUGGGGAGGCAUGUGGUACGCCAUCGUUGAUGCUGCAUCCGUGGGCCUUCGUAUCGAGCCAAAUCAGGCCGCAAAGAUUGUUGAGCUUGGCGAAAGGAUCAAGCAGACAAUUCGUGCAACGUAUACGCCUCAUCACCCAGAAAACCCUGAAAUUAAAGGGGUGUCGGUGCUUGAAUUUACCGAACCGAUACAAGAUGGCUUCAACAAGGUUGCCAAGAACACCGUCGUUGUCUCUCCUGGCCGGCUUGACAGGAGUCCAUGUGGAACUGGCACGAGUGCGAGACUUGCCCUCCUUCACGCCAAGGGACAAUUGGCCGUCGGCGAGGGCUUUAAACACACUAGUGUCAUUGAUACGGCCUUCGACUGCCGUAUUUCCAAGGUUGUGAAGAUUGGAGAUCGCGAUGCCAUCAUUCCAACGGUGAAAGGGAGGGCUUGGAUUACGAGCUACAAGCAGGUUGUGCUAGAUCCUGAAGACCCCUUUCCAACAGGUUACAGAGUUGGCGACCAGUGGCAUGUCUACGAUGCCGCUGCAUGA